AUGUCGUGGCCCACAGUGAAAUCGACUUGGUUAGACAAAGUCAUAUUCCUUGGCACCGGAACUAGCUCGCAAGUUCCUGCUAUUCACUGCGUCACGGGAAGCCGAAGUCAUUGCAUCACAUGCACUGAUGCGAUGAAGCCUGGGAGCAAGAACCGUAGGUUUUGCACGUCGCUUGUGGCUAUAGGCAGUGAACCAGGCCGGCCAGAUACAAGUUCCACCAUCCUUAUUGACUGCGGCAAGUCUUUUUAUGAGUCGGCGCUUCGUUAUUUUCCAUCGAACGGACUAAGCAAGAUUGAUGCUGUGUUGCUUACGCAUCCGCACGCCGAUGCUGUACUGGGCUUGGAUGAUUUGCGCAGCUGGACAAUGAAUGGAUGUAUCCAAGACUAUGUCGAUAUAUAUUUGACGCAAGAAUGCAUGCAAACAGUGGGGCAAAUGUUUCCUUAUCUGGUCGACACAUCGCGUGCGACAGGUGGCGGGGAUGUCGGUGCACUUCGGUGGCAUUUGAUCGAUGCGAGCACACCCUUCCAGGCUGGUCCACAUCAAGUGCAUGUACAGCCAUUGUAUGUGGAACAUGGAUUUGUUCAAAAUGGACGUAUGCCAUUCGGAUGCCUUGGAUUCCGCAUCGAUUCUAUGAGUUACAUCAGCGACUGUCACUAUAUACCCAGUGAGACACUCGACAAAGUCGUUGGCAGUGAUGUUUUUAUACUGGAUGGUUUAAAAAUGAAGCGACAUAAAAGCCAUUUUUCUAUCCCUCAAGCUAUAACGUGUGUAUUGGACAUAAGCAUUCGGCAUGUGCAGCAAAACCUCCCACCGCCUACUCUCGCUCUUAUUACGGACAUAACCCAUGGAAUUGAACAUCAUGACUUCUCAGCUCAACUGCAAAGACAUAUGAAAGGUUUGGCCGCAUGGCUCUACGAACAGAAUAUGGAUGUAAAGUCAGCAUCAUCGGAAUGGUGGAAAACCAUCUGGGAUGAGCUCGAAAAUGAAGAACAUGAGCGACUUCAGCUCUCUGUUUCAUGUACCACUGACAAGUCUCAUCCCUUGGUACCAAGCAUGCAUCUCGCUUAUGAUGGCGCCCAGGUUUGCAUGUCCAAAAAUAGGCUGUGA